AUGCCCGCGAGCUUCGUGUACCAGAAGCGAACGAAGAUCCGCGAGGGUGCCGACAUCUGCGAGCAGAAGUGCAAGCGACUGGCGUGCGAGAUACAGGUCUGCAUCUCGCGCCUCCCCGUCAACAAGUCCAGGGUCUCCGGCGCCACGAUCGACCACUCGCGGUGCCAGCCCGACAUCGAUCGGUACAACAAGUGCUGCGAGUUCGCCAAGAAGGCGCUGGCGGAGCAGGAGGCCAAAUCGGCAUCGUCCACCGAGCCGAACGACAGCGCUUGA